AUGUACACCAAUGUCCUAUAUAAAUAUGAAAUUUUAGUUAAGAACAAAGACAUUUUCAAAUUACAUUAUUGUUAACUGUUUUUAUUUGCUUCUCGACUACUGUGCAUUCAUCAUAAAAAAUAUGUCAAUUAAUAAGUUUGAUUAUAUAUACAGAAAAUUGUUGCUUACUAAAUACUUUGUGAAUGGUUGGGGUGAUCCUGAAAAACUUAAAAGUUUGUUUCAGUUUAGAAAUCAUAUAAUAGAUCGAGACUCCUGUUUCAAACUUGUAGCAUCUGAUUAUCCUGUCAAAAUUGUUAAAAAAAAGGAAGAUUCUGAUUCAAUAACAUUAGAAGGAGUAUUUCAAUCACCUUUUUCUUAUUAUCUUCCAGAUAUAGUGCCAAAAGAGAGUCACCUUGCUCAUUUCCAAGUUUUAUUACCAAAAAAAUGGCCUUCAAAAAAUAUAAAACCUAUGUGUGUACACAUGGCUGGCACAGGAGAUCAAAAUUAUUGGAGAAGAAGAGCUUUGUUAGCAAAACCUCUUUUAAAAGAAGCAGCAAUUGGAUCAAUAAUAUUAGAAAAUCCUUUCUAUGGAAAAAGAAAACCAAGUAAUCAAGUGUUAGUAUGCCAUUCUAUUCAUAAGUAUAGUUAUGCAGGUAAACAAUUUAUCAAAGAUAUAAAUAUUGAUUCACAUUUCAACAUACAAUCAAAUUUUAUGUUUGAUGAUUCAAAAAAAGAUAAAAGUUCAUUAAAUGUAUGUCAAUCACAAGAGUUAAAUAAAUUAAAAUUAACCAAUACAUUUGAUAAUUUGGAUGAUCCGUCAAUCGAAGAAAACAAUGAACUACAAAUUAAAAAUGACUUAAAACAAACAAGACACAUGAUGAGAUUUUUCAAUAAACAUUCAAAAAGUGAAGAUUUAAAUUUAGAAGCAUUGAGUUUUAUGAAAGGUAUCAUGGAUGAAUGUACUCAUUUAAAAAAUUUUAAACCUCCUGUUGAUAUGGAUAUAGUAAUAGCAGUUUGUGCAAAACGAGAUGGUUAUGUGCCCCAACAUACCAUGGAUAAAUUAGAAGAUAUUUGGCCUGGUGCAGAGGUCAGAUAUGUCGACACAGGACAUGUUGCUGCUUUUUUACUUCACCGAAAUACAUUCAAAACUGCGAUAAUUGAAGCUUUUCAACGAGCUCAAAAGAAAUAUUAUGACAAACCAUUAUGAUUGUGUUAUAACUCCAGAGCUUUAACACUUAAUUUAAUUUAAGAUACUAAUUGUGUUCUUUUAGUAUAAUUUGUAUUAUAAUAUUAAAUUUUCUUGUAUUAUAUUCCAGGUCARCACAAAGAAAGUUAUGUUUUGUAACAAAAUAUUUAUUUUUAUUUUUUAUGUUGAGUAAUAAUAAGUCUAUAAAUAAUAUGGAAAUAUGUUAGGAUUCAUGAUAGGAUAUAUGAUGGUACUUAAAUAAAAGUUAAAUUAUUCUUAAUUAUUAAUAAAACCAAGAACUUCAUGCAAUUGCAUGUUUUUACUGAAUCUUCCAAUAAUUGAUAAAGCAAUUACAAAUUUGAAGUAAAAUUUAUCAUUUCUAACGCAAAGUCUUAUUUU